ACAACAACAAAUGUCCGAAAAGCGGAAAUGGAAACCGUCAUUAUCCACAGUAAGCUUCAGCAACACAGUCACAGUGCCAAGAACAGAGCACGGAUGAAUUUAGACUAGAUUCAUUUAGAUCUAAACUAUUUUACACUCUAAUAGAUAUUAAUUCACUGUGGAUGUUUCACAACAUUUGCCUCAUGGUGCUGUAGUGACAUACUGGAUAUUUAUAAAAGGAACUGACAUAAAGAAGCACAUCUAGACAAGGAUCAUGCCAUCACAAAUGACUCUCUCUAUCAAAUUGUACUUGGCUGUUUUGUCCAUAUGGUCUGUCUCUGCUGGACAAAGUCGCGGAAAAAUUGUGGCAUUUUUUCAGACUUCUUGUGCUACAGCCGCCCCUAAUCCCUGUGAACAAGUGUGUACAGACAUCAGAAGUGGUGGUUUCUACUGCGAGUGUAAUGAUGGGUACACUAUUAACACUGAUGGCAUGACUUGCACUGGUCCUGCUAAACUUAACAAGCCAGGUGAUAAGGCUGUCAGCGACAACGACAUUGUCCAGGUGAAAAGUGUCGACUUGACCAAAGGUUUGCCUCCUUUGCAGUCCAGCGCCCACACGAUGUGGCUCAAGUCAGACAGUAGCCUUGUACUGGACAGAAACACAUACAAAGGGGGCUCCUCUAUUUAUAACAUUCCAGAAGGAGGCAGCAGCAAGCUGGACUCGUACAUGGACUAUGACAUCAAGGAGGGUGGGGAUUAUAUUGAGGAUUUGAACCAACCGCCGGAGCAGAAGAGCCCCAUGACAUCCUGUCAUGGCAUUGUGUGCCAGAACAAUGGGACCUGUACUAGUGUCGAUUCUAAAGGCGCAUGUCUUUGUCCCUUAGGAACAUAUGGAACAUACUGUGAGAGUGAGAUUGAAAUUAAAUACCCCAAGUUUACUGGUGAUGGCUAUUUAGCUUUGCCACUUCUCCGCAAUGCUCACAGAGAGUUUCAAGUUGAACUCAUCUUUCGUCCAGAGUCCUACGACGGGCUGGUGUUAUUCAGUGCUGAAACUUCCAAUGCAGAGAAAGAUUUCUUUUCUGUUGUCUUGAGUGGUGGCUUUGUGACCUUCAGAUUUGACUGUGGAACAGGACAUGCUGAACUAAAGUCAACAACACAAGUGAAGCUAAAUGCUUGGAACAGACUGGUCAUUACUAGAGUAGACAAUAAAGGCAAGCUAAAGCUGAACGAGGAUCCUGUGACUGAAGGUGCUUCACAGGGAGAAUACACCAGAAUAACUUUACGUCUGAACUUGUAUGUGGGAGGUUACAGUGAUAUGACAUCUGUGUCAGAACGUGUCGGGACGACACACCAGUUUGUUGGGUGCUUACAAGAAUUACGUCUGAAUGGUAGAAGAGUGGACUUUAGGAAACGGAAUAUUUUAGGGGAAUCUGAAUUUGGAGUCAACGUUAGGGAAUGCAGCGCCAAUGUGUGUGACAAUGUCUUCUGUGAAAAUGGAGGAACUUGUACUGCCAGAUCAGCUGACCAGUCCAUUUGCUUGUGUCCCCUGGGCUUUUUUGGCGACUCCUGUACUGAAAGUCAACCUGUGCAUGUACCUCAGUUUUCUGGCCACUCCUAUUUAGAGUUCCCUGGACUACAGAGGUCAGUAUUGUCCUACACUGACAUUGAGAUCACCUUCAAGCCCACAAGCUCCGAUGGAACUUUGUUCUACAACGGCUUCUCCAGGGACAGGAAGGGAGAUUUUCUUUCUCUCUCUCUGCAGGGCGGCUUUUUAGAGUUUAGAUUUGAUCUAGGCACUGGACCAGCUAUUUUAAGAAGUAUGGAAACACUUACCAUGAACAGCUGGCAUAUCGUUAGAGCUUCUCGCACAGGGCUUAUGGGGACUUUGAAUGUAGAUGAUCAGCCGCAGGUAUCUGGCCAGUCAGAGGGAGCAUUCACUCAACUCUCUCUCUUUGAUGGGCUCUAUCUGGGUGGUCACCCCAACUUUGAUCAGACGUCUGUGCUGUCCAAUGCCACCCAGGCUUUCUCUGGAUGUCUUCAAAAGGUCAUCAUCAACAAGAGAACGCUGGACCUAGUAGGGGGCGCCACUUAUGGUGUCAACGUAAGCCCAUGCUCACACCCCUGCGCAGGUGAGCCAUGUUUGAAUGGAGGGGAGUGCAGGCCUAACCUGGACAUGUUCACCUGUCUCUGUCCCCUGGGCUACACCAACACUAACUGUGAAGAGCCCCAAGAGCAGCUUCCUACCUUACCAAUGUUCAGUGGAGAUAGUUACUUGAUGUACAAUGACAGUCGCAUUGUGAGAAGAGUUGUCGGAGGCAAGAUGGAUUUACAGCUGACCAUUCGACCGACAGAUCCUGAUGGUCUGUUGUUUUGGAGUGGAGAAGACUUGGGUCAAAGGUCCUCAAGAGAUUUCUUUGCUCUCGGCUUCCAUGCCAGGAGCCUGCAGCUGAGUUUUAACCUCGGCAGCGGGGAAGCGCUCAUUAUUUAUAAUGAGACCGAUCUCUUUGAUGGUCAGUGGCAUUUCAUCCGCGUACAGAGGAGUAAACAAGAUGCCUACCUGGAGGUAGACAAGAAAGACAUUGUAGAGGGAAGUUCUCCUGGAAGUUAUACAAAUCUGAACACUGAUUCUACAGUUUAUCUAGGUGGAAUUCCUGACGUCCUUGAAAAAACAGCAGGUCGUUACCGCAGAGGAUUCGGAGGUUGCAUCUCAGACCUUAAACUCGCUACGGACUAUGAUGUUAAACUUGUGCCGCAGGCUUACACUGGCAGAAAUAUUGGGCAGUGCUAAUUUGUCUCCCCUGAACAUUAUUGAGAUGAAACACUUAACACUGGUAGUCUUGCUGAAAAAUUUCAAACUUGACAGCAAAUGAGCUUUGUGCUCAGAUCUUCUUGCAAAGCUCUUGGGAACAAUUGACGCAUAGGAACAGUAAAACAGAGAUGCGCAGUAAAAUACCGCUUGCAAGAAUUCAACUCUUUGUUGGGAAACAAAUAAGAUAUUUAUGUUAAUAUAUAUGUAAUAUAAUAUAUAUGUAUAUUUGAUAAUACUUAAAAAGUACUUAAGCAAAAGUUGUCAGUGCUUGGUAUUACGACAUAGGCUUUUUCAUUCAUUUGUUAUUCAUUCAUUUGAAAUAUCUUGAGUUUUAAAAACUCUAUUCUUAGUUUUGUAGUGUGCUUGUUAAUUUAUUACAAUGAAGUGAACACGUGUGUACUGUGUAUACUCAAUCUAAAAUAAAGGGGGGGGGGAUCAAAGACUAGAAAUAAAACACAAGUAAUGGAAGAACAAUUUCAAGGUACUAUUUAACAGGCCCCAAAUAUUAAAAAUUGCCAAACUUAUUUCUAUAAAAUAAUGUAAAAAAAAUAAUUUAUACUAAGAGCAUCCAAUGCUUUUAAGGUUUGGCUGUGUUUUUAAAACUUAAGGUACGUUUGUCAAUUUUGCUCACUUUUUUCAGAGUCUUACUCUUCUUAGUGGUUAUAGUUAACUGAAAAUCAGUGCUGCAUUUUGUCAGAGCAUUUGACUACAGCCUAUUUUUCAUAUAGAAUGUCUGGCGUAAGAAUUAAUCUUAAAGGUAGUGAGUAAAGUUUCUAUAGAAAACUUCAAUAGUGAAACUUCAAUAGUGUUCAUUUAGAUUGUGAAAUUUUAGGUUAGAGAUAUUAAAGAUUUUUUAUCUUUUCUGAUUUAUAUUUUGACUAGAUGUAUUUCUAGUCCUUGACCCUCUGGAUUUGGUUAGGCUUCAUUAAUUCUUCACACCUUUUAUAAGAGUACAGUCAAUAUGAUGUUAGGUUUUUACAGCAGAAUAUACUUGUAGAUAUACCCGUAGUUGUAGAACUAAGGCUACUUUUCAUUUGUCUUGAGAUUACAGGUCAACAUGACAUGGCUUAAAAUGACAGCAGACUUAACAUGACAACUCAUAGCAGACAGUUCUAGAACUAAAGCCUAAACUUUGACUAUUUAAGCUGUGCCCACAAUUACCUUUUUUACCUCACGUUUCUAUAUCAUUGUAAAAAAAAAUAUUUUUUUUUGUGAUAGCUCUAAAAAUUAAAAAUAUAUUACAAGAUCUGACUUCAAAAAAGAAGAUAAUUACGUCCUACGCAUUUCAUGUGUCAUUGUAGAUGUGCAUGUUAAUCAAUGACUUAAACUCUGCUUAGUCGUUGGUUUUCCUGGCUGAUUCAGGCAACCCAUUCCAUUCUCCAUUUUCAUUAUUUAAGUUUUUUUUUGUUUUUAAAUCUGAUAAAGAAGGUAUAACUUACUCUUGCAUAACAUCUUUCUGUGUUGGUUUGUGCCCUCAUGAAGUGUUAGUUGAUAUAAGGGGGACGGCUAGGAAACACAUUUUAUUAGAUUGAGUGUACACAGGUGCAUGCUAUUAUCCUGACGAAGAUUGCUAAUAUAUUGUUAUCUUGUUUGCAUAUUCUGUUUCUGAUGUAUGCAUAAUAAGAUUAAGUAUUUCAUUCUUGUGUGUAAAAAGAUCAUUUUUGUUUGUAGUGAAGUCGUUGUUGGGCUGCCCUACAUUCAUGUUGUUUGAACUAGGGAUUAUUUAAAAAAAUGUUUCUAUUUUCGUUGUCUAAUGAAGGCGUUAGAUAGGAUUGUCUUACUUCUCCUUGAAUUCUCUCCCUUGCCAUCUCCACAGCAGUCUGUCAACAUUGUGUUAUAGUAGAAUUAACGGUUCUUACCGAUACAUGGUUUUCAGAUCUGCCACUGUCCGUUACAUUAUUUAUUGCAUUAUUUUUUUUUUCUUGCUAAAUGCUGACUAGAAUAUGACCAGCCACACCCAUGUGUUUUUAAUCACCAAAUGUCUUUAUCAUUCCAUGAUUAUUUGUUCCACUAAUUAAUUUUUUUUAUACCUUUCACAUUCCUAUAAUAGUUAAUGACUAUUCCAGUAAAAUUUUUAGUGUGAUUUGUAUAUGUUCAGAGUUAAAAAAAAAUUUUUUUAUUUCUCUUUUAUUUACAUUCCUUUACACAAUAAUUAUUAUUUGCCGUUAUUGUAAUUUUUUUUUUUUUUUUUUUUUAAACUGUUGUAUAUACUCUAGUGAGAAUUUCAACCAAGAAAAAUUACUUUAUGAACCCAGUUUUUGUUUGUUUUCUUUUGUGAAUUGUUAAUCCAACACUUGUAAGACAUUUACACAGCUACUACUUAUAAUGGAACAAAAUGUAAAACUCAAUAUGCCAAGAAAAGAAAACGUUCUUUUUACGUGUAGCAUUUGUAAGGUGGCUUCCAUUCAUUUCAAUUUUAAAAUUUAACCAUUUGAAACAAAAUAAAUAUAGUUUCAGAGUUUGAAGUUUUAAAUCCGUAUUUUCUAAAUGUUGAUGUUUUUCACUUACCUAGUCCAAAUCUGUUUCACAUUUGGUACAUCAGAUGUGCAUUUUUGUUUUCCAAAGGAUGUACAAAUCACAUUUUCACUGUACUCUCUAUUUGCGCUGAUUAUUUUUGUUUGCUGUGUUUAAUUUAGACAUGGUACUCUAGAUUUAGAGACACAUAGAGCUUGGUUUCUCAACCUUGACUUUUGCUUACCCAGGGUGAUGGGGGGAAAAAUGGUAUGGCCUUCUCAGUGAGUGCUUUUAGAAAGACAUUUUGGUCACAGGGUGAGAUAAGGGGUGCUUGGGAUUGAAAAAUCUAUGCAGUUGGUUCCUUGGAGAAAAAUAAAAUGUUGAGAACCACUGAUAUAAAGAGACAGUGUAGACUGUCAAUGUUUAUGUAGCAGCUCUUUAGCCAGAAUGUUUGGAUGUUGUCUUUAUGUUGUCUUGAUGUUGUUUGUCUGCAAAUAAACACUUGACAAACAGUGAGUUCAAAUCAAAACCAUUGACUUUUGUAAAGUAUUUUGUAAAUUAUUUAAUCAUUGGAAUGACCGAGCCCUACUUGUAAGACCAGACAAAUGUGUCUGUUAGCCAGACACUCUUGUUGGUCCAUUUUUUCUUUAAUACUUUUGAUCACUUGUGAUGCUGUUUGCAGAUAUUUUUGUAAACUGGUUGAUGGUUGUGUUGCUAUUGCUUGGUACUGUGGAUGUUAUUUAUCAAUUUUUUUAACCCUGUCUGUCAUUUAUCUUUUACGAGUUUGAUUUUAUAGAAUUCGGGCAUCCUUUUAUUGAAGAAUAGGAAUUGCAUAAUAUACACAUACAAAUUAUUUGCAGUUAGAUAGCAUAUGAUAAUAGAUGAUUGUAUAGCCCAAUUUUCAACGGAUUGUAUAGCCCAAUUUUCAAUGGAUUGUAUUGUAGAGAGUACUUACAAGAACUUAUACAAAAUGUUUUAUUCUUUUUUUUUUUUUGUACAUUUUUUUUAAACAUUAACUUAGUUGUGUGAUGUUAGAUUCACUUGCACAUUUGAUGACUACUUGGUAUACAGAAAAGCUCUUACAAAUUUUCCCUGGACUGAAUCAUAUUUAUUUAUAACAUCUUAUAUCCAUGUACAAGAUAAAAGUUGUGAAUCUACCCAAAUCUUAAGGUUACCUUACAUCUGUUUGCCAAACUAGUGGUGGCAUUUGUUUCUGUGUGUGCUGGCCACAUGGUUUUCCUUGUUGAACUAUUGGCCACAUGAGGGUAAAAUUUUAUGUUAUAGUGGGAAGCGUGGUCGAGAGGCCAAGUGCGCUUGAACUUGGUUACCUAGAAGGGGGCUCGAGUUUCGACACCUGACUCGGGCAGAGUUGUGUUUCCUGGGCGCCUAAAGGCAGCAUGGAAAACCAACUCCUAGAUACCCCCCCCCCCCCCCACCCCACACUGGUCCACAAAUGAGAUUGGACCAUGAGCAUGCUAUAAGCAUGAAAGUAGCGCUAUAUAAAAGCUAUAAUAAUAAUAAUAAUUCCUAUUAUGGACUUCUGGGCCUUUAAGGAAAAAUUACUGGUUCUUGGCAUUCAGUAAGUUUCAUAGUUAAUGUCCGUGAGCACUUCUUUCCUUUUUUUUCAGCAUUCACAAAUAAAGUUUCCCUUUCAGACUUUAGUUAUUAUAGGGCAGAUGGUGUAAAGGUCAUCUUUUUCUGUGGCCCAGGUAAUGAGGGUGUUGUGUGACCAGCUCAACAACCAGCUGCUUUUACUUUUCCUCUACUGUCAGUUACCCAUUAGAGCUGGGUGGACUCGUUUCGCCCUAAAAGUCCUGAUAUCAUAUAUUGUAUUAGCAUUGACAAUUGAGCACAGCCUUGUUGAACCCAUGUAAGGUCUGCAGAGUCCAAUUUUAGCCUUGAAAUGCCAAUGACAUGAGCAGGUUGCUUCUAAUUUAGCAUAGCUUUUGUUUACACUAGCUCUUGAGACUUUUCCUCUAUUGUCAGUUACCCAUUAGAGCUGGGUGGACUCAAUGCGUCCUAAAAGUCCUGAUAUCAUGUAUUGUAUUGAUUAUCAUUGACAAUUGAGCACAAUCUUGUUGAACUAUGUAAGGGCUGCAGAUUCCAAUUUUAGCCUUGAAAUGCCAAUGACAUUUAGGGCAUGAGCAGGUUGCUUCUAAUUUAGCAUAGCUUUUGUUUAGACUAGCUCUUGAGAUUUUGUUCACUCUGCUUGCAAUUUGAAGUUUGUAUAUAAAAUAGUAACACUUGUAAUCUUGAACAUAAAUUAGAAAGUACUUGUUAAUGUAGUACCAGGAAAGUGACAAGCUUGUGAUGACAUUGUAUACAGAACACAAAACCAUGUAUGGUGCCAUACUUAUGCAGUCCGUGGAAUUUGAUUUAUAAUUGUUUUUUUACUUUUUUUUUUUCUAUAUAGUAACAGUUUUGUCAUCUACUUCUUUGUAUGUAGGUAUUGUUUAAAAUGACACUGCAUCAAUGUAUUUUAUAAAAAGUCAAUGUUCCUAUUAUUCUAAGUGCAUCUAUUGUUAAAAGAGUGUAAUGUAAUAAGCCUUGAGUAUCUUUCUAUUACCAGAACAUAGUAUGUUGUUCUUUGGUUGUUGUUGUUUUUGUAACACUGCAUUGUAAUUAAAAGUUGGUUGGCAUUACAGAGGGUUACAAUACAAAGUGUUUAAAAAUGAAUGUGGCUAAACCAUUGUACUCUAUUUCAGAAAUUAAAAAAAAUAAAUAACUAGAUGAACACAAGUGUUGUAUCUAACUUUUAAGUUUUUAUUUCAUGCUUAACAAGUGCUCAAUGUGACCUUAACCACAGUCGGCACUGACAUCAAUCCCAAUAUGAAAAUUCCUCCCAAACUCUCUUUAAGAUGUCCCCGUCCACUGUGUUCAUCGAUCUUUCAUGUCAUUGAUAUAUAUUGUCAAGAGUGGAACAAACAACUUUGUCUUAAACUUACUCCCAUAGGAAAAAGUUGCAGUGAAUUCGGGGGACCUGGUAGGACAAGCGCAGAGUUUAAGGUCUUUAUCACCUAUUCUAUGAAUUCACAGCUGAUACGAGUAUUGAGGGUAACAAACCAGUUAUUUUUCUAAAUAGACAAAUUGAAAUUCACACCCAGUUCAGCAAGGGUAACUCCUGCAUCCAAUGUCUAUUAAUUCAGUCCAUUACAAUGCUUUCGAAAUGAAUAAAUGUGUGAUGAUUUGGGCACAUUCCUUUUUGAAUCAGCCUGUAUUCUAUUCCACUGUCCUGUCCAAUUAACAUUCUUGGGUUCUUAGAUCAGCAUUGUUGUGUUCUUUCUAUUAGACAGAUCUAGUUAAUAAGUGUUGACAUUUAAACCUCACCACUUAAUCAUUUCAAAUAGUUCUGUUCCUCUGUGUACUAAUGGUCAGCUCUGGUAGCUUUUAAAAUGUUUACAUGUUUAAUAGUACAAAAUAACAAUUAAAAUGUUUACAUGUUUAAUAGUACAAAAUAACAAUCUUGCAGCAGAUGACUGAUAUCGUCUUGAUGUGUAAGAGCAGUGUCACAUUAAAUGGUGGAGAAAAGACAAGGAGUGUGGGUAUAGCUAUUACCCUUCCAACAAAGUAGCCUACAUCUGUUGGUCAUGAUCAGUUUUUGUUCAGGGUUUUCAUUUUUUUUUUAAAAUCAGAUUGAUAAAUUCAUUUGUUUAUUUAUUAAAUAGUUAAGUCUUGUUUUGUUUUUUGGCUGACAAGCUUUUUUGUUCUCAUUGCAGUUAGGCAUUUGUCUUCUAAGUAAGUCUUAUUUAGUAAGGCAUUAAAGUAUGACUUUUUACAAUUAUGAUUAUGGGUUGUUAAAUUUACUGAGUAACUUAACACUGCUCCUAGAGUCAGAAGUUAGUCAUAGAACAACUUUCCACACAUUCACAUAGAAAUGGUUCUAUUUAUUUCAUUUUUUAAUAUAUUUUUUUUAAAUUUUGUGUACAAAUAAGUAAUUACUUCCUGACACCAAACUUGCUGUCAUCUGGUUAUUUCAGAGUGCAUCCAGGCUUAGCCUUUCUUGUACUGGUCAUUGGAAUGUGUAGACAGUUGUGUGGGUCAUGACGAUGUCAGUUUAAACAAGACUUUAGAUAAAUGUACUUUUUGUCUCCUCCAAUUUUACAGGACAUUGAAAGCUACUAGAUCUAUAUUUUAUUGAUCAUUUUUAAGUCUCCUUAUGUUGAUCUAAAGGGACAUUGGCAAUAAUAUAUCAAACUUUGUAUUUUCAGUGUACCGGUAGUUAUCUCUCUUUUAAAGGAAUGCACCCAGUAUUUAAUUUACAAGAUAAGUGCUACAUGGAUUGAUACUGAAUGAUAAGUGCUACAUGGAUUGAUACUGAAUGAUAAGCGCUACAUGGAAUGAGACCAACUUUAGACAAGGGUGUAUGAUCUUCUUUCUAUGUGGAAAUUUUGUGUGGAUUGAAUUUAUUGAUCAGAUGUAUAUGUUGUUUUUUUCUUUUAAGUUAAACUUGUUUAAUUUUGUUCUUUUCCUUAUAAAGUUGAACAUUGGAUUCAAGGCUUUAGAUUUAAAUAUUGUUCUUCAUGGCUGUCAUGUGUUACAAUAAAUAUUUGUGCAAUAAAAGCAAA